CUAUAAAGUUGAAAAAGCAGCAGUUGGGAGGGCUACUUGGAUAGUGCUGGUGACCCAUUCUUUUCCUUUUGGAAUUAGCCUAUGUGUGUAUUCGAGGAAAAACUCAUCAUAUAUUCUCCUUUCAUACUAUCUAGACCACAGGAAGAAGAAGCAAGAAAAAGAUCAAACCAAAAUGACAUCUCAAUUUGCUUGUCAAUACUGCACAGCAUCACUUCUGGGGAAGAAGUGUGUCCUCAAGAAUGACAGUCUAUACUGUGCCUCCUGUUACCGUCGUAUCUUCUCUAACCACUGUGAGCAGUGCAAAGAGCCGAUUGAAUCAUGUUCUAAGGAUCUUUGCUACAAAACCCGGCACUGGCAUGAAGAAUGCUUCAGGUGCACCAAAUGUAAUCACUCUUUGGUGGAAAAGCCCUUCGUUGCCAAGGAUGAGCGCCUGCUUUGCACAGAGUGCUAUUCUAACGAGUGCUCCUCUAAGUGCUUCCACUGCAAGAGGACCAUCAUGCCUGGUUCUCGCAAAAUGGAAUUUAAGGGAAACUACUGGCAUGAAACCUGCUUUGUGUGUGAGCAUUGCCGACAACCAAUAGGGACAAAGCCUUUGAUCUCCAAAGAGAGUGGCAAUUACUGUGUGUCAUGUUUUGAGAAGGAGUUUGCUCACUACUGCAACUUCUGUAAGAAGGUGAUAACUUCAGGUGGUAUAACAUUUCGUGACCAGAUAUGGCAUAAAGAGUGUUUUCUGUGUAGUGGUUGCAGGAAAGAGCUUUGUGAAGAGGAAUUUAUGUCCAGAGAUGAUUAUCCAUUCUGUUUAGACUGCUACAACCAUCUUUAUGCUAAAAAGUGUGCAGCCUGUACCAAACCCAUCACUGGUCUCAGAGGUGCCAAGUUCAUCUGUUUUCAAGACCGCCAGUGGCAUAGCGAGUGCUUCAACUGUGGGAAGUGUUCUGUCUCCUUGGUGGGUGAAGGCUUCCUGACCCAAGACAUGGACAUCUUCUGCCGCAAAUGUGGUUCUGGAGUGGACUCUGACAUCUAGAAAAAUGCAGCCUUUCCCCACCUGAAAUUCACUUUGCCUUUGUUCUCACUAAAUCCAGAACUCAGU